AUGGCCACUACGGCACGGCAUCUAUGUCGGUCGUUGUUUCAGGUCACUCGACAGAUACCUGUUAAGAGAAAAUGUCAAACAGCAGCACAGUCGCAGCUCUUGGCCCAACGACGGCAUCGAGUCACGAGCACAAGCGUACAAUUUCGACAACUCUCGACGUCCUUGCCGCGCCGGGCAGACAAUAACCGAAGGACCAGUGCGUUUGACCAGGACGCAGACGAUGAUGAAGAUGACGGCGAAGACCUGGACCUCAGUCGACCUCCUGAAGGCGGCUACAAAGUCCCCUCCACACCCAUCACCCUCGCCGACCUCGAUGCGGACGAACUGGCCGAUUUCCAAAUGCUCUCGCCCAAGGAUCAAGAGUCAUAUCUGGCGCUGCAGAAUCACUAUGCCGCCGAAUUCGAAGAAGCAGGGAUUGACUUCAAUGCCGAAGACCCAUCAAUGGAGAGGCUUGUCGACAGUGUGGACCGGGAAAUCGGCAAGGAAGUCGAGCCCUUGGAUUUCCCCGAUGUGCCAUUGAAGGGCAAUGAAGUGGGCUUCUGGGCAUUGGACGAACAGGACGACGAAUUCACGCAGGUGGAAGAUGGCGACGAGGAAUGGGAUGAGAGUGCCAUUUCCAGCGUUGCGCACAGCGAGUUGGACCUCCACAGAGAGAUCAGAGAAUAUACGCGGGUUAUUGCAUGGGAUAUGCCAUUAUUACAACAGUUCGCGAAACCAUUCACACCCCCUACAGAGGCCACGCCCCUCCGCUUCCGCUACACCACGUACAUGGGCGAAUACCACCCCGCGGCCCGUAAAGUGGUAGUACAGUUCUGCUCAAAAGACCUACCCAACCUCACGGAAAAGCAACGUCUCAAACUUCUGAAACUCGUCGGCCCGCGCUACAACCCGGACACGGACGUGAUCAAGAUGUCGUGCGAAACCUACGAGGCACCCGCGCAGAACAAGCGGUACCUGGGAGACCUGGUGAAGAAGUUGCUCGACGAGGCGCGCAACGGGAAGGAUAUGAUGGAAGACAUCCCGCUCGACUUGAGGCAUCACAAGCCGGCAAAGAAAAUCGAGUUCCCCGAGGAGUGGAAGUUGAAGCCUGCGAGGGUCAGGGAGCUGGUGAUGGCGAGACAGGAGCAGAAGUUGCUGGGCGAGGCACAAACCGCACAGCAAGGCCAAGUCCUUGACGGCAAGGAAUUGGUGCACGAAUAUGUUCGCGCGCUGGGAAGGCCAGGCCCAGCGCCCUUGAGACAAUAG